AUGGAUACCUCAAGACCGAAGACGACUUACUACUAUAUUGCGCCAUUAUUUGCUGGUGCUAUGGCUGGCAUAUCUGUAGAUUUGACACUGUAUCCGUUGGACACACUGAAGACGCGUUUGCAGAGCGAGAAAGGUUUUCAGAAGGCUGGCGGUUUCCGUGGGGUUUAUAAAGGGUUGGCAACUGUGGCCGCAACCUCGAUGCCCACAACGGCGUUGUUCUUCGUCUGCUACGAGACCACCAAGAGUUUGGUACAACCGCUGGUGGCGCCACAGUACGCACCAAUGGUUCAUAUGUUCGCCGCAAGCAUCGGCGAAGUGCUGGCCUGCGUGAUCCGCGUGCCCACGGAGAUAGCGAAGCAGCGUAAGCAGACCCACGUUGGGGCGAAGAGCCUCAGCGCGAUAUCCAUUCUAACGGACGCCUACAAGGCGGAAGGAUUCACGCGAGGGUUGUACCGCGGCUUCUUCUCCACGGUGGCGAGGGACAUACCCUUCAGCAUCAUCGAGCUGCCACUCUGGGAGAUGCUGAAGACGAUGGUGAGGGAGAGGAACGGCGGCGAGAUCAACGGAUUCCAGAGCGCGUGCUGCGGCUCCGUUGCGGGGGGUUUGACGGCGGUCGCCACCACCCCGCUGGACCUCGCGAAGACGAGGAUCAUGCUCGCCGAAGACUACGCGGCCACGAGGAAGCUCCGCAUCAGGCCGGUGCUGGCGAGCAUAUACCUGGAGUCGGGUUUGCGGGGGCUGUUCGCCGGCGCCCUGCCCAGGAUGGCGGCCUUCACGCUGGGCGGCUUCGUGUUCUUCGGCGUCUACGAGGACUCGAAGCGGCUGGUGGAGAAGUGCCUGGACAGA